UUCAAUCCCAACCCAAUGAGAAUUAGAGCGGUGAGAUUGCGUUUCCUUCCCGUAUGCGAUACUGUGCGACAUUGCUCAUGAGCAUAUUGUCGGGUGAGUGGCUCUAUUCAAGGAAGGGGAGAUGUCUGCCAGACGUGGCAAGCGUCGUCAUGAGCCAGAUACACCGAAAGCUUGCUCCAGCAGUCGCUGUCCAAGAGCCAGUCUUCACAACUCUCCUCAAUGUACCAUCAGCAUAUCAGACAGGUGUGUUGUCGCCGGCUGGACAUCUCGUUGGUACCACAUGAAUAACAAUGAACACUACUGCAAUGAGUGCUUCGAGCAUGUGUACCGCAAUCCCAUGGCAAUGGGCGCGUACAUCGAGUGGCAGCGCUGGUGGAAUGCCGACUGUCGCCUUGACCCCACCAUGAAGGUGUUCUUCGCCGAGCAGAUCCUGCCGUUCUGGCUGCGCUGCAAGGACUGUGGCAAGUGGCGGCGCGUCGACUGCAUCGACGUGCCCACCACCGGUACGGUGGGAAAGAAGAACACGGAGUGGAGCCAAGUGGUCAACGCCGACAAUACCAUCAAGGACUUCACAUGCGGCCAGUACGUUCCCAAAGGGGACGCGAAACCGGAGACAUGCUCCACACCAGAGGAUGAGUGUGUGGGUGAUGCUCUGGGCGUCUUCUGGCUAGCAGAUCUUGGUUACUUGCCAUUUCUUCUGAGCAGCCCAGCACAGGAUAUGCUGACUGCAUACUUUCUAGAUGGCGUUGGCAUCAGUCCUGUUGGUGUUUGGAAAUGGAAGGGCAAGAAAGCUGCUCUGGCCGCCUACAAAGCUGCCCAGGCUGCCCAAGAAGCUGCAGCCAAGGAAGCAGCAGGGACCGCAUCCAGAGCAACAACAGAGGUCACCAAGGGGUCCGCACCAGCAUCAAGACCAACAGCAGCAGCGACAACGGCAGCAACGGCGGCAACAACCACCACAUCAUCGGUGACGAUGGUGGUGACGGCCACAUCGAUGACGGGUACAACUACGUGUACUGAAGUUAAGAUGGAAACGGACGGCAUCCCAACUGGAACUCCCAGCGUUGCUGUUACUGCUUCUGCAGCGGCGUCGUUGCCAACUGUGCCUAGAUUGCCCUCGCCAUCGGAUGUGACUGUGGUGCCUGCUGCACCUGUGGCGAAAAAGCCAUUCGUGCCCUCGCUGUUUCGCACCUCCAGUGUACUGCGACUGCGUCGCCAUCAACUGGGAAAACAUGGUGGCCCAGGCAGAGCCAAGUCGAAGAGGAAUGAUGACCAAGACUCAAGUGACGAUGAGGAGCUCACCAAGAAGUUUGGCUACUUUCAGCCGUUUCAUCGGCCUGGACGAGAGGGGAAGGCACGGUCUUUCCGACCGGACAUGAUGGAGGCUGAGGAGUGCCUGUACUUUCCUGAGUUUGGAACUCUGAAGAAUCCAACUCUGUAUCUUGGCCUUCGGAAUCUGAUUCUUGCUUUGUGGAACAAGAAUUGUACGGUGCCCCUCACGGUUGAGUCUGUGAUGCGUCACGUGCUUGUGCGUGGUAUGGUGCGCAUCCGCUGCCAUCUGGAGGUGGGGCGUAUCCUGCACUACCUCACACGACAGGCGUACGUCAACAGCGGUUUUCUGGAUGUGUGCACGCGCAACCUGCCGCAGAUUGGCAUUGCGAAUCGGCCCAAGCAACCGCCCUAUCCGAGGUGGACAGCACCGGAGGGUGGUAACUCUGUGCCCUCCGUGCUGAUUAUUGGCGCUGGACCAGCUGGUCUGUCUGCUGCGUUUCAUCUGAACCGGCUUGGUGCCAAGGUGAAAGUGCUGGAAGCACGGGAUCGCGUUGGUGGCCGUGUUUACGAUGAUACAUCGCUGGGCACCACUGUCGGCCGUGGUGCUCAAAUUGUCAACGGCUGUAUCAACAACCCCAUCGGUGUGCUCUGCAAGCAGGCUGGUAUUCCUAUGCGUCGCCUGAAUGGCCACUGUGCCCUGGUCAACGAGAAUGGCAAGUGUGCUGAAGGAGCGGAUGACGAGCACGUGGAGCAGUUCUUCAACAUUCUGUUGGACCUAGUUGGUGACUGGCGACAGCAGCAGCUAGCUGAAGAAGAGCGUCUUGCCACUGCUGCAUCGUCGCAGUCAUCCGGCAAGUCUACUAAUCGCGCUAGUAAGCGUUCGCGCCAGAAGUCGUCUGGGUCACGCCGUUCAAGCACCGACGAGCGAGCCGCAAACAGCCGAAACAGCAGCAAAGCCGCCACGCCGACAAAGUGUCCGCUGAACUCUAAAAGUGGCACGUCAUCACCUAGCGGAGGGGCGGUUCCAGUGAGUAGUGCUCUCACCAGCCAUGCUGCCAACGCUAUUCGGAUUGUGACUGGGUCGCUGUCGCCGUCCAGUGUGGUCACUACCGCACCGAGUAGCCAAACCUCAGCAGGUGACACCCUAACUGCCCAAGUGCGGACGGAGAACGCUGCAGCGGGCUCACCUAAAGCUCAGUGUAAGGACGCGUCGCUUUCACCAUCGCCAUCACCAUCGCCACUGCCGUCUAACGAAGAAAACAGUUCUGGCUCACACCAGCAGGGCAAUGCUGCAGCAGAAGCAUGUAGUAGUACAAGUGCAACUUCUGCCACUGGCCUCCCCGCUGCCGGCCAGUUGAUCAGCCCGGGGGUCACGCCAACAUCGAGCAGCAGCCGUGUUUCCUCUCUGCAAGACAUUCGUCAACUGCACAGUGCGCAGCUGGAGUUGAAGAGCGAUCAGUCCUACAAUGAUACUGCCUUGCAAGAGAUGCUGGAGAAAGCGAAGAGAGCCUUCUCAGACUUAAUACCGGAUGGAGGUCUUCAAGAGGAUCAGGAGCGCUUGUUGGACUUUCAUUUUGGCAACCUGGAGUACUCGUGUGGGGCCACUUUGGAUAAGGUGUCAGCCAUGUUCUGGGAUCAGAACGAUCACUACCCGCAGUUUUCGGGCGAUCACACUGUCAUGGUCGAUGGCUUCUCGCCAAUACUCAAUAAACUUGCUGAAAACCUCGACAUCCAGCUCAACACAGCGGUGUCCAGCAUCGACUAUUCCGACAAGGUCAUUCAAGUGAAAACUGAAGGUGGAGAGCAGUUACCGGCUGACUUUGUCAUUGUGACGGCACCGCUUUCCCUUCUCAAGCGUGAGGUGAUUGCGUUCACUCCAGCAUUGCCGGACUGGAAGCUGGAGGCCAUACAACACCUCGGUGCAGGUCUGAUCGAGAAGGUUGCGUUGCGCUUCCCUAGACGCUUCUGGGCGCACAAGGUGAAGAGUGGAGAUUUCUUCGGCCACAUUCCGACCGGCGCUCAGGCCCGUGGGCUGUGCGGCGUGUUUUACGACCUGUCACGGCGGGGUCAAGUUAUGGAGGGCGUUCUCAUGACCAUUGUGUCCGGGAAAGCUCUGGAAAUGAAGAGUGAAACACCUGCUGCCGAUUUGGUAGCCAAGGUUGUGGCUCUCCUUCGAAAAAUGUUCCCAGAGGAGACUGUGCCUGAGCCGAUCGACUUCUUUGUGUCCUCAUGGUCCAGUGACCCUUGGGCUGGUAUGUCCUAUUCCUACGUGUCUGCGGGUGGCUCUGGUGUGGACUAUGAACGCUUGGCUGAGCCGGUUCUCAAUCGGCUGCUCUUUGCUGGCGAGGCAACGAAUCGUCAGCAUCCACAAACAGUCACAGGGGCAUUCUUGUCCGGUGUGAGAGAAGCGGCUCGUGUAGCCGACAUGGCCCUGUAAGAUCUAAUUACGACCCCAGCUCAUCCGGGAACACCUGUAAGAGUGCUCCGCAAUAAUAUCGUGAUUAUGAUACCGUGGCGCUCCUAGCCUCGGAAGAGAUACUGGUUUUUGUCCCAGGACAGUGUCAAGUAUGGUAACUGUGAAUUUGUCACAUCAUUUCUUGCACCCUGUAUAGCCCGAAGCCCUGACAGCCAGCACACUGUGCUGUGCUUACACGUUUGUCAAUUCUUCAUUGACAUUAAGUUGCUGCUGCCGCCGUAACGUUACUUGGGUGUUUGGGUGUUUGAGCCUGUUUUGUGGCGUGUGUAGUAUGUAUGUGUGUGUAUGUGUGUGUGUGUGCAUAUGUGUGGGUGUGUGUAUGUGUGUGUAUGUGUGUGUGUGUGUGUGUGUUCAUAUGUGUGUGUGUUCAUAUGAGUGCAUAAUGUACGUUUGCCCACUGCGAAUGUCUUUGUAUGGAUGUGAGGCUUCCCCGUGAGCAUCCCUUUAUGCACUGUAUCUAGUCAGCACAAUCACUGUGCCUGCUUGCACAACUCACAAGUACAGUUUGUGUACAGUUUUUGGUUUUCUCUAACUGCACUAACUGCAUGUAGGGCUAUGUGCGUUUGUUUCUUGAGUGCUAUGUCUGCUUUACCUGCAGUUGUUGUAAACGUUAUGUUUCUAUCGCUUGACCGCUUUACUCCAGCUCACUGACUUCAGAUGUUGCAUUAUGAUUCGUAAUUACACCUAACACCCCUCUGCAUCCUUAGUCUCUGUCUGAGUGACUCUCGGUCUCUAUCUGACCAGCUCUUUUUUCUCUAGUGUGUCUAUUAUGAGUUGUGAAUCACUCUCGAACCAGGCAGCUUCUGCCUUUUCCCUAGUCUCAAGACUGCAACUGUUUACUUUAGUUCUCUGAAUUCUUUCAGUUAUUUCCGUAUUUUGUAGUGUUCGUUUUUCGUCCUGAACACAUGUUAAUUAUUUAUGCCGUGUACACCGCAUUCCGGUGAAAUGA